AUGACUCUGACGAAGAAGAACAAAGUGACUGCUAACGACGUUGUACAAGGGCAGUCAGAAACAUCAGAAACUGAAGUUGCAAAAAAAAAUAAUAAAAAUGAACUUUUCCAAUAUAUGAGAAAACGCAAUAUAUAUGUGCUAUGUGAACCAUUUAGAAAAUUGUCGGAACUGGAUGCGGAGGACCGGUUUGAGAAAAUUGUUCACGACACUACCUUUGAAAUUGAUAUUCCCAAAGAUAUCAAAGAAUAUCUUCACGAUUUGCUCAGUGGGGAUAUUGAAAGUGCGUUGUCAAAAGUAAAAGAGCCACUCAGUAAGGACGCGUGA